AUGGCGGCCAAAUACACUCCUCCGGCCUCGCCUCCGUCACCCACUGCAUCUUUCUACGAUGUCAGUGACGAGGAUGAAGACGAGUACAGCACCAUCGCCCAUGCCCAGUCCCGCAAGGGAGUGAAGCUGCUCUAUUCUAAAAGCAAAGUCUACGUUCACCCAACCCCUUCCUCCAAAGACAAUAUUGCCGGUUUUAUCGCCCUCAUUCAACAAAAGCCCCCACCCGCGCCGGUCCACUCCACUGGUGGCUCAUCCCGCAACAAUGAAGCCGCCUCGUUUCUCCUAGCCUGGGUACCCGAAACAUCCUUGGGCGACGCCUAUGAUACCUACGUGAAGGUUGAUCUGUGUGACGAUGAUGCACCUCCUCGCCAGCGAUACCUCGUCCCGCCCCUUCCGAUGACGACCACCUACCGUGACCCGAUCGGCCUCUACUCCUUCGCCGUCCCCGUAUCCGAGAUCUACUCUCUACUCGUGCGCCCUCCUAGCUUUGGCUGGUGGUUUGGAAGCCUGGUCAUCAAUACUCGCUCCGGAGACAGCUUCCCUGCGUUGUUCUUCCACGACAGUGAAUGCGAAUCCACCAUUCUUCAAAAGAAAAAGCUGGUCAAGGAGAGUUUCGACCCUUUCGACAACGAGGGUAGUCUUUUCUGGGGUGGGGAUGAGGUGUUGAGGUGGCUGCGGAGAUAUGUUGAUGUGGAGCGCUCAUCGGUCGAUCGAAAUGCCUAUCUAAUCAACCCAUCGGCCGAAGAUCAGCUAUCGUUCGGACGCGCCUUGGUACCCGGAGACGGCACGGUGGCCUCCAAAGCACAACCGGAAGCCGCGACUGCAGGACCGAGCGCAGGUGCUGCCCCGAGGGAUGCGAGCAUGGACCCAUUCAUGAAAACACUCAAAGAGACCCGGUGGAAAGUGCUGGAGCAACUAAGCAAAAUCACCACCUUCACCAGGAGAACUGCAAACGACAUUGUUGAGAAUCCACGCAUUCCACCGCAGAUGCGGCGUCUCAUGAAGAACCCUGAGAUCCAGACCCUGCAAGAUGAAUUCGACAGCGCUCGGAUCUACCUCGCCCGGUGGGCCAUGAGUAUUGCGGAGCAAAGCGAAAAGGAACGAAAGCAGCGUAUCUGGACAGCGCAAGAUGUGCUUGAGUCUGAGGAUAGCUCCGUUGGAGAGUUUGAGAUUCUCGAACUUGAAACUGGAAAUCUUGCUCUUCGGGAACGCCGGCGAACCCUCGCUCUUCCCGAAUGGGAAGGCUUCUUCGACCCCACGUCUGGAAGGCUGCAAGUAACGGAAGAAGAGGUCAAAGAGCGAAUUUUCCAUGGAGGAUUGGAUCCAAACGAUGGUACACGUAAAGAAGCCUGGCUCUUCCUACUGGGAGUGUACCCCUGGGACAGUAGCCACGAUGAGCGUCAAGCAAUCAUGAACUCGAAGAGAGAUGAAUACGUUCGACUCAAAGCGGGAUGGUGGGAGCGCCUCGUGGAAGGCAACUCAACAUCAGAGGAGUAUGAAAAUUGGCGAGAACAGCGCAAUAGAAUAGAGAAGGAUGUCCACCGCACUGAUCGGACUAUUCCUCUUUUUGCGGGAGAAGAUAUACCACACCCCGACCCCGACUCUCCUUUUGCAGACACAGGCACAAAUGUGCACUUGGAACAGAUGAAGGAUAUGCUUCUUACAUACAACGAGUACAACCCGGACCUGGGCUACGUCCAAGGAAUGAGUGAUCUUCUGGCACCACUCUAUGCUGUUAUGCAAGACGACGCGGUUGCUUUCUGGGCUUUCGUAGGCUUCAUGGACCGAAUGGAACGAAACUUCCUCAGGGAUCAAUCCGGAAUGCGCUCUCAGCUUCUUGCCCUUGACCAGCUCGUCCAACUCAUGGACCCCCAGCUUUACCUGCAUUUGCAAUCGGCCGACAGCACAAAUUUCUUUUUCUUCUUCCGAAUGCUCCUAGUCUGGUACAAGCGGGAAUUCGAAUGGAGCGAUACUCUCCGUCUCUGGGAGACGCUCUGGACAGAUUAUUUCUCCAGCAGCUUCCACCUCUUCAUUGCGCUCGCUAUUCUCGAGAAACAUCGCGACAUCAUCAUGGACCACCUUAAGCACUUCGACGAGGUUCUGAAGUAUAUCAACGAACUCUCCAACACGAUGGAACUUGUGCCCAUCCUCACCCGAGCGGAGUCACUUUUCCAUCGCUUCGAACGUGCAGUUCAAGCCAUCGACAAGAAGGACAACUUCCCUGCUGCCCCUAGUGCCCAACAACGCCGACCCACUUCUGGGACCGAACCCAUAUCGGACGCUGGCAAGGGCAAGCAAGCUCAACAACUGACUGUUGGAUUUAGCAGCUCUGUCAACCCCCCAUCCGCUCUCCAGCAAGCGAUUGAUAAGGACAAGCCGAAGGUCAUUUCCCCGGAGCUGCGUGAGCUGCUUAGGAAGGACGUCCCCUGGAGGCGCUAG